UACUAAAUUACAUAAUUUUGUUAGAUUUUACCAAUUUUUGAUUUGAUUCAUUUUUAUAAACCAAAAAAUAAUUAACCAUAGCCCACACAAAAUUUUCAACAUUUUGUACCAAGUCAGAAUUUUUAUUUGCUUGGAGCUUGAAGGAGAACUGUAGAACCGUGAAAAAUGUUUGAAUAUUUUAAUGAGUUGAAGUCAUGGUACAGGUUCUAUCUUAUACACUGGCAACUGGGGCUGCUGCAGGAUUUGGUGCUACCAGUGAUAUGCGGUCUGCAUCUGAGGGACUUAUUUCUCAUAACUUUUUCAAUAGGGGAUAUGCGGCCUCCGCCUUGGUCCUCCUCGGGUUCGUUUGCGCUGCAUUCUUAUCCAUUUUCUCCUCUCAUGCUCUUCCAAAGAAGGUCUAAGAUUCAUCACCUGCAGUCCAAGGCUUCAACAAUGUCAAUUAAGAAUUUUAUACUUUGAUUAUGGGUCCAUUGCUUUGCUUCCUUGUUUCAUUUCUUUGUAAAAUGAAAUACUUCAUUUCCUAUCUGAUUAAGAAGAACCAUUAGUCGUGGAACUCAAAAAGAUGAUUUUAUUGGGAUUUCUCAAUAGUUUGUUGGCAUACUCUUGAUUCUUGAAGUUGUAUUUGCUUUCUUUCGCACUUCAGGCAUUCCCAUGUCAAGUAUUCAAGACUGCAAUUUGGACACUCUUUAGGCUUAAUAUCAAUGGAAAUGAAAAUGAAUGUUAAUC